AUGGCCAACCCUUCUUCGUCUCAUCACGGCGAGCGCCAUCAUCGCAGUGAACGUGAGCGUGAGCGCUCUCAUCACCACCACCAUAGGACCAUUUCGUCCACAACACUUCUCCUCGUCUUGUCACUCGUCUUGGCCGUUUUAUCGGUCAUGUUAUCGCUCCCCUCAAAUUUGACCUCAAGACCCACACCUAGUGCAGCAGCAGGUGCCGAUCCGGCUGAUCCCCAUGCCACUGGGCUGUUGAGCUACCUGACCCCACAACGAACAAAAGCUCUCCUCGCUCGCGAAAGCACUGUUGCUGUUCGUGAGGCUGAAGUUGCCCGCCGUGAAGCUGAGCUUCUCAUUGGGGCGCCAGGUGGCGUCAUUCCUUCUCCUACGGCUUGCCCCCCUUGCAUAGUCUCCCAUACUGUUGAGACGGUAACAGCACCUGCUGCCACCAUCAUCAAGGAAGUCGUCAAGGAAGACUCGUUGACACCCCCUGGUUGGGGUAGCCCACGGGUUGAGGACAUUCUCGAUCGGGAGCUCAAGGUUACGGAGCGCGAGCGCGAGAUCAGCAGACGCGAAGAGAGUGUAAACCGCCGCGAACAUGAUGCCUCUCGUCGCGAGAGCUGGAUCAUGGAGCAACUCAUUUCGCUAGGAAAUGACCCCGCUGUCGAAGAAGAGUACGUGUACGAGCAGCCACCCCCGGGCGCGAAGCGCAGACAAGCCAAGUUCCAAGAACUUCCACCGUUGAUCGUGUCCGAAACUGCUUAUGAAACUGAAACAAGAACUGUCGUCCAAACUCAAACUGUCACUGUGCCCGCCCCCGCCAACACUCGUCGCGCAGCUAAUCCUACUCCUGUUGUCAUCCCUUCACCAUCUACGUCGUCGAGCCCAAGAACCACUUCAGUGGAGAUCAUUACUGAAGAGGUUGGCCCUGAGGAGGAAGAGGAAGAAGAGAAGCCCAUGCGCACAGUUACUGUGACGAGGGGAGGAGCCCGAAGACCUCCCAAGAGCUGGUUUGGUGGAUGGUGA